GCUGUCAGUCUUGACGGGGCGCUCAGAGAGGCUCAUCAGCUGUACGACACGGAGGAAUAACUGACCCAAUUUACAGUCCGGAGGACAGCAGCAGCCCCGGGACGAGCCCCCGCCGGCAGCCCGGCCUCAGUCGGAGCCGUGUCCGGCCGCACAGUGAGGAGGAGCGGUGUGUGGGAGUCGGUGUCGCUGCAGAGAAACGCUUCGCGGCUCGUCGGCCUGGAAGCCGCUCCUCAGCCGGCGGCCUGCCGUCGACUCCUGGGAGGAACCGGUGGAAAGAGGAGCGUCUGUCUUCCUCGGACGCUGCACAGGUGACCCAGCGCCGCCGAGAGUCGCCGCCGGCCCCCCGGAGCCCGGAGCAUGGCGGCGGAGCUCUGACUUUGGGAUCAACGGCCGUUUGAUUGUCGUGAAUCCAGGAGCCGUCGAAGCCGAACGACCACCGAGCAGGAAUGCAGACCUGCAGACGGACCGACCAAUCAGCGUAGUGUUGGAGCAGCGGCGCCCGUGAGGCUCCCUGAGGCGGCCAUGUUGGAUCUCCUCCUCAGAGAGCUGGUGUUGACCCGUCUCCACCCGUCGCCCCGCAUCACGUCUCUACCGACCUAACCGCUCUUCCGCCGCCCGGCCGGCCGGGAGGAAGGUUCCCUGGUCCCGGUGGGAAAAUGUCCGAUGCGCACCACAAGCUGCUGCCCCGGAGCUGGCCCCGCCUCCUGCUGCUGCCGCUGACCUCCCUCUGGCUCCUGGCGCUCCCCGCAGGUGUGUCGGCGAACCUGUGCCGGGUGACCGGCGGCGUGCUGGGCAUCCACUGGAGCAGCACCGUGGGCCUGGGCUGGUACCCGCUGGCGGAGGGCCGGGCCGGGGCCACGUGCUGGGAGUCGUGCUGCCUGGAGCCCAGCUGCCACGCCGUGUGGAGCAUCGGCGGGCGCUGCGUGCUGCUCGGCUGCUCCCGGAGGGCGGGCUGCCCCAUCAGCUCCCUGCCGCAGCCCCACGAGGAGUCGCUGGGCCUCCUGCAGCUGCUCUCCAAGGGUCCAGUCAGACUGAAGCGCCAAAAGGCUCGUCAGCCAGAAAGCCCCAAUAAAGAUCCUCCGGGCACGGAAAGCUCCGAGCAGGACGCGUCACCAGCGGCUCCCACGGCCCCCGGCGGCGCCGCGCUUCUCCAGACGGCCCACCGGAACCUGAGCCAGGGGGCCAACGGGAGCUCGGACCCGGCUCCGGCUCCCGCGCAGCAGAACUCGACGCUGGACGACGCCGUCGAUGCGUCGUCGUCUUCCAAUAGCAGCGCUGGCAGCUCAGCCAGCACCACCGCCGCCACGGUCACCACGUCUCCCACACAGGCCGUGCGGGAGCUGGUGGUGUCGGCAGGACAGAGCAAGGAGGUGACGCUGCCCAGCAACGAGGUGGAGCUCAACGCCUUCGUGGUCCCCACGCCCCCCGCAGGGACAAACUAUGCAUUUGACUGGCGUCUGAUAACUCAUCCCAAAGAUUACAGCGGGGAGAUGGAGGGGAAGCACAGCGCCACGCUGAAGCUCAGCAAGCUGACCGUGGGCCUGUACGAGUUCGAGGUGACGGUGGACGGAGAAGGCGCCCACGGCGAGGGCUACGUCAACGUCACGGUCAAACCAGAGCCGCGGGUCAACAAGCCGCCCGUCGCCGUCGUCUCCCCGAAGUUCCAGGAGAUCUCCCUGCCCACCACCUCCACCGUGAUCGACGGCAGCCAGAGCACCGACGACGACAGGGUGGUGUCGUGGCGCUGGGAGGAGGUGAAGGGCCCGCUGAGGGAGGAGAAGGUCUCGGCCGACACCGCCGUGCUCACGCUCACCAGCCUGGUGCCGGGGAACUACACCUUCAGCUUGACGGUGACGGACUCGGACGGCGCCACGGACUCCACCCUGGCCGCUCUCGCCGUCAACAAGGCCAAGGACUACCGGCCGGUGGCCAACGCCGGCCCCAACCAGGUCAUCCAGCUGCCGCGCAACUCCAUCAGUCUGUACGGCAACCAGAGCACCGACGACCACGACUCGCUGUCCUACGAGUGGUCGCUCAGCCCCGAGAGCAAGGACAAGGUGGUGGAGAUGCAGGGCGUCCGCACGCCGAUCCUGCAGCUGUCCGCCAUGCAGGAGGGGGAUUACACCUUCCAGCUGACCGUGACCGACUCGGCCGGGCAGCACGACACCGCCCAGGUCACCGUCAUCGUGCAGCCAGAAAACAACAAGCCGCCGGUCGCGGACGCCGGGCCGGAGAAGGAGCUGACGCUGCCCAUCGACCGAACCACGCUGGACGGCAGCAAGAGCAGCGACGACCAGAAGAUCCAGACGUUCCACUGGAAGAAGAGCAGCGGCCCCGACGGCGUCAAGAUCGAGAACGCGGACAGCGCCGUCGCCACGGUGACGGGCCUGGAGGUCGGCACCUACGAGUUCACCCUGACGGUCACCGACGAGAGGAAGCUGGAGAGCAGCGACACCGUCACCGUGGUCGUCAAGGAAGAGAUGGACCAGCCCCCGAGGGCCCGUGUGGUCUCCAGCCCGCCCGUCUCUCUCCCGGCCCGGACCGCCACUCUGGACGGGUCCCAGUCCACCGACGACAAGGGAGGAGUGAGCUUCCUGUGGACCAGAGAGGACAGCAGCCCUGCUGCCGGGGAUGUGCUGAACAACUCCGACCACCAGGCGGUGCUGUUCCUGGGGAACCUGGUGGAGGGGAAGUACAGCUUCAUCCUGACUGUGACCGACAGCAAAGGUCAGAGCAGCAGGGACAGGGGCACGGUGGAGGUCAGACCAGACGUGUGGCAGCGGGACCUGGUGGAGCUGGUGCUGGAGGUGUCCGUCUCCCAGCUGUCCCAGCGCCACCGGGACAUGCUGCUGCGGCAGGUGGGCGUCCUGCUGGGCGUGCUGGACAGCGACAUCGUGGUCCGAGAGAUCAGCGCCUUCAACGAGCACAGCACCCGGCUGGUCUUCCUGGUGUCCGGCGGGCCGGGGCGCCCCCCGCUGUCCGGCCGCAGCGUCGCGCUCGGCCUGAGGAACAAACUGAGGAAGCAGAAGAACGACUUCCUGAUCUUCAAGGCCCGACGAGUCGAUACCGUCGUCUGCCAGCUGAACUGCUCUAACCACGGGGAGUGUGACUCCUUCACUCGGCGCUGCGUCUGCCACCCGUUCUGGAUGGAGAACGUCAUCCGGGCUCAGCUGGGAGACGCCGAGAGCAACUGUGAGUGGAGCGUUCUCUACGUCACCAUCACCUCCUUCAUGAUCCUGGUCGCCACGGCAACGCUGGUCUGGGGGGUGGCGUGCUGCUGCAGCAGGCGGAAGAGCAAGGCGCGCAGAAGCAAGAGUCGGUAUAAAAUGCUGGAAGGUGACGACCAAGACAGCCUGGAGCUCCAGCCGCCCAGAACUGCCCGCCUGAAGCCGGCGCCCGCCCCCACCUCCUCCGCCCUCAUGCACUCGGACUCGGACCUGGACAGCGACGACGCACCGGGCGGCGCUCCGUGGACGGAGGCGGAGCGGGGCCACCUGCUGCGGCCCCAGAACGGCUCCCUGAGGAACGGCCAGGGCCCGGCCCGGGGCAAGAAGCAGCGCGAGGAGCUGCUAUAGCAGGACGGGAGGGGUGGAGGAGGAGGAGGAGGGGUGGAGGGAUAAACCCCCCCCCACCCCCACCCCCACCCAGCACCACCAACACACUCACUGAAACACACAGCCUCGCUCUCAUGAAGACCGAGGAGGAAGAACAUGCUGGAAACAUGUUGACCCACUGAGAACCACCACUAUGAAGCCCCCUGCUCCACCACUGAGCCAACACACACACACACACACACACACACACACACACACACACACACACACACACACACACACACACACACCGAGGACGCUGUGUGUGAAUGCUGUGAAACUCUGCUGUUAUUUAGCUUGAAGAAUGUAGAGCGAGUCUCCGGCCGACCGGAGGCCGUGAGGGACGCCGGCGUAGAUUUACACCCAACCAGCCACUGCACACACACACUCACACACACACACACUUUCAGGUCCACAUGACGCUACCAAACACUGCCAUUUGUCUUCAAACCAAUGCGCGGACGAAGAGAAAAACGGGAAACACAAACCAAAAGAGAGGAGUGCAUGAGGAGCGAGGGCGGGCCGCUGCGCCGGACCGACGGGCUGCAUGUUCGAUUCCUCUGGCUGCCGUGCCAAAAACAAAACACAAAGUCUGCGUUUUAACCCUGUCAUCGACACACACUGGAGUCCGGACCGCCGUUCCUUCACGUCUUGAUGAACCACUUCCUGUUUGCGUUCCUCCUCAUGCUGUGAGUUCCUGCACUUUGAUUUAACGUCUCAAUGUCCAAAAGGGAAAAAAGGUCAAAAGGUUCAAGCUGGAAGAAUCAGCCAUACUGAUGUGACUCUGCUGCAUUUUACAAUACUUUUAUUUUAUUUUUCCCCGUCGGGACGGAAGAUGUUCAGGAAACGUGUCCAGAAGCACCUUAAAUGAAUAAACUGUAGAUUUCCUCCCCUGAAGGAUUCCCUGAACGCGGCGCCACUUUGAAUGUGAAGUUUUCAUCACUUUUAAGAGUUUUUUGUUUGUUUUUUUUUUUUUUUUGCUGUUUUUGUUGUUGGAUAUUUUAAAGCAGAGGGUUUUAAAGUGUGGGCGGAGCCUCAUCCAAGGUUCAGGACUGAAAUAAAUGGAGAAUCAAACUGGAAUUAUUCUAUUAAGACACCGUUUUCAAACGAUUUCAAAGAAUUUUCACAUUCAGUUCUUCAAGAAAAUGGUUCUGAUCAAGUUUGUCGAGGUUUGAUUUGAUAAUGUACAAUUUCAUAUUAAGUCACUUUAAAUAAUUACAUUUUUCACUUCAUAGCAAAAUAAACUAAUGUAGCAGUUGGAUUUAUUGAAAAAAAAAAAGACUUCCCAGAUAUUUAACAUCUAAAGAAUUGAACCAGCGUGAAUAAGAUUUAUCAUUUAUUGGCUGUUUGCAAUAAAUCAACAUUAUCAUAUAAAUGAAUGUAUUUGUUGGUUAAAUUUUACACUUUAGCAAAUGUUUUGGUGAUUUAAUGAAAUAUCCUGUUAUUUUUAGAUUCAGUGUUUCUGAGUUUCAUAACUUAUGAGCUAAAACGAGAAAAAUGAAAGGUUUGGAAUAUUCAAUCUUCUGUAUAAAACUUCUAAAUUAUUUGAAACUUGUGAGUCUCUGGUUGCAAACGGCCGUUAGCGGGAGUUUGUUUUAAUCCUCCCACUCUGUGAAAACCGCUGCUUUAAAGAAGAUUCCCUCUCGUCUGGGUUUCAGCCUCUCCGUCUCUCGCGGAUCACUCCUGCUGUUAAAGACCCUUCUCUUUUCUCUUUUAAAGACAUUUUUCUCUGGCUUCCUGAAUUUGUCCGGCCAUCUCUCUGCCACAAACGAAUCGAGCGCGCCCAAGUGCCAUCUCUGUUUGACUCUCUGAAACAGCCACAUUUAUUUGCACAGUGCGUUGUUGUUUUGUUGGGAUUUGUGUUUGUGGUGGAAAACAGCCGGACGAGUUCAGUGUUGCUCCAUUUUUUCCUUUUCUCCGGUUCAGAUUUGUUUCCAGACACUUUUUGAAGGUCAUGUUUUCUUUUUCCGCCACACUGAAAGUUUCCUCUGUUCCUGGAGGAGAAAUGAAUCCACUGUGAAGGAGAAGGAGAAGCUUCCUGUCCAGGGGAACGAUCUCUUUUUGUUCUUUCUCUUUGUUUUGAAGCUGAUUUAAGUGAAGGAGCUCCCCUCCCUUCUUUCUGUGAGCAUUACCUGAUGCAACUGGAUGGUCUGUAAAUUAUCAAAAUGUUUUGGUUUGUUGA